GAAAAGUUGUGGAUCUUAUGUAUAGUUCUCACAUGUAGUUCUUGAUAAAACUAUUUGUUGAAAAGUGAUAUAUGCUAAAAUUUGUUAAGUUAAAAUUGAUAAAUAAGUUAAGUUUAAAAAUGCAUUGAUAUUAUGGGACAGUAAUUUGAACAUUUUUUUUAAACUGUUAUAUUUGAAUACAUGCAAAAUCAUCAUAAAGACUAAAAAAUAUUCAAAUAAAAAUAAUUUUGUUUGCAAUAUAUACUUAUUUUUACAAUUAAGUUAGAAAUUGAUAUUGGAAAGUAUAAAUUUACAUUAUGGAGAAAUAGAAACUAUUAGCCAAACUUUGGAUUUUACAAUAAAACAUCCAUAUACAAACUUUUUCUCUUUCAAUAGCAUUUAUCCAUUCUAGAUAACUAUGUCAUUGACCACUAAAUAUCUUCAUGUUUAUUAGUAAUACAAUACAUUUAUUUUGGAAUAAUUUCUUCAUGAAAUUAAAAUGAGUCAUUCAGGGAAAUAAUAUGAAAAAGCUAGGUAUAUAGAUAUAUAAAUAAGUUCUCAUGGUUUCUUACAAAAAUAUAUUUAUUAAAAAAAACGUUCCAAUAGUUCUAAUCAAAGUCCCAUUGAAAUCUAUUAUUUUUUGCUAUUUCAUAGGCAAUAUAUGGAUUACAUUAUGAAAAAUGUUUUAUUUUUUGAGCCAAAAAAGUUAUUAACCCAAAUUCUUGACUGUGAAAACUUAUACAUCAAUAUUUUGAUAAAUAAUUUUUCUUAGUUAAUCAUCAUAUUAUUAGAGUAAUUAUAAAUAAUUUUUUGUAUAUAAAUAUGAAAUCUCAAUUUUGACAUUCAUUAUUAUAAAAAUUGUUAACAAAUUGCAAUUAUUAUACAAAAAUCAAUUACUACAGAGCUUUCUCGCAAUUAUUCAAUCCAAAUUAUGUCUUAACAUGUCUUAACGUUUCAAGUACUGUAUCUAAAGCAGCUUUUAUAUGUUGAAACAAGAUGAGAUGCAAGGAUUAAUUCCAUAAAAAUUAUUAUUAUAAGCAAAAUUUUACGAGAUUUUUCUGUUUUAAACAAUUAUAAACAAGAAAAUGUCUGGACCUAUGGUAUUAUGUCAAUUAUGGAUGGGUGGUUUAGAACCAUAUAUGACAGAAAGUUUUAUAAUGAAUGCUUUUCAUAAAAUGGGAGAACAACCACAAACAGUUAAAGUAAUGAGAAACCGUUACACUGGUGAACCUGCAGGUUAUUGCUUUGUACAUUUUCCAACUGACGAAAUGGCACUUGAUGCAAUGCAUAAAUUAAAUGGCAAAGUGAUACCUGGUUCAAAUCCAGCUGUAAGAUUCCGAUUAAAUCAUGCUAGUACCACAGGAAAACCAACAACAGAAAGAGAAUUUAGUAUUUGGGUUGGAGAUUUAUCAACAGAUGUAGAUGAUUAUUCUUUAUAUAGAGCAUUUGCUGCUAAAUAUAAUUCAAUUAGAACAGCAAAAGUAAUUUUAGACAGUUCUGGAUUUAGUAAAGGAUAUGGUUUUGUCAGAUUUGCUAAUGAAGAAGAGCAGAAGAAUAGUUUAGUUACUAUGAAUGGAUAUAGAGGAUUAGGAACAAAAUCAUUAAAAAUUUGCAAUGCUGUUCCAAGGCCUUGGAAUAAAUUAUCAGGGUCAACACCUCCACAAUCAUCAUCAGAAUAUACACCAUCAAAUUUAAAUUCAGAUGCUUACAAUUACUAUGACACAUCAUCUUACUGGAACAGUUACAGUGCAUGGCAACAAGGUUAUUAUGAAAGUGAACCUACAUCAGAUGGAUAUAAUAGCUAUAUAUCUGAUCAAAAACCUGAAGAAGAUGAAUUGGAAUUAAUUGAACAUUCUGUUCCCAUAGACAUUGAUAAACUUAAUAGAGAAAUAAUAGAACAAGAUUAUAACUUGUGGGAUGCAUUAGAAAGUUCAAAAUGGAUACCAUGUGACACCUUAGAAUUAUGUUAUUAAAACUUUCUUGCUAUACUUGUAUAACAUACACACUAUGUAUUUUUAUUAACGAUUUAAAUAAAUGUAUAACUUGUAAUAUAA